AUGAACUGUCAUCGUCAUGAAAUGACGUGUUUCAUGUGUCAUGAAAAUGAUGACACAGCUGAGCCUGCUGAUGAGGACGAUGAAGUGGCCGAAAAUGAUGACUCUGCUGAGCCUGCUGAAGAGGACAAUGGAGUGACCGAAAAUGAUGACACUCCAGAGCCUGCUGAUGAGGACGCUGGAGUGGCCAAAAAUGACAUCACCGCUGAACCCGCUGAUGAGGAUGAGGGAGUGACCAAAAAUGAUGACACUCCUGAGCUCGCUGAUAAGGAUGCUGGAGUGGCCGAAAAUGAAGACACCACUGAUCCCGCUGAUGAGGAUGCUGAAUUGACUAAGAAUGACGACACUGCUGAACACACUGAUGAAGACGCUGAAGUAGCCGAAAGUGAUGAAACUGCUGAGCCUGCUAAUGAGGACGAUGGAGUGGCAGAAAAUGAUGACACUGCUGAGCCUGCUGAUGAGGACGAUGGAGUGGCAGAAAAUGAUGACACUGCUGAGCCUGCUGAUGAGGACGAUGGAGUGAACGAAAAUGAUGUCACCGCUGAACCUGCUGAUGAGGACUCUGGAGUGGCUGAAAAUGGUGACACUGAUGAGGAUGCUGGAGUGAAUGAAAAUAAUGACACAGCUGAACCCACUGAUGAGGACGAUGGAGUGACUAAAAACAAAGACACCCCUGAGCCUGCUGAUGAGGACACUGGGGUGGCUGAAAAUGAUGACACUGCUGAGCCUGCUGAUGAGGAUGAUGGAGUGGCCAAAAAUGAUGACACCCCUGAGCCCACUGAUGAGGACGCUGGAGUGGCCAAAAAUGACGACACUGCUGAGCCUGCUGAUGAGGAUGCUGGAGUGACUGAAAAUGAUGACACCUCUGAGCCCGCUGAUGAGGACGCUGGAGUGACUGAAAAUGAAGACAUCACUGAACCUGCUGAUGAGGACACAAGAGUGGCUGAAAAUGAUGACACAGCUGAGCCUGCUGAUGAGGACGAUGAAGUGGCCGAAAAUGAUGACUCUGCUGAGCCUGCUGAAGAGGAUACUGGAGUGACCAAAAAUGAUGACACUGCUGAGCCUACUGAUGAGGACGAUGGAGUGGCCGAAUAUCAUGACACUGCUGAGCCUGCUGAAGAGGAUGUUGGAGUGACUGAAUAUAACGACACUGCUGAGCCUGCUGAAAAGGAUGAUGGAGUGGCUGAAAAUGAUGACACUGCUGAGCCUACUGAUGAGGAUGAUGGAGUGGCUGAAUAUUACAACACUGCUGAACCCACUGAUGAGGAUGCUGGAGUGGCCGAAAAUGAAGAUACCGCUGAGCCUGCUGAUGAGGAUGAUGGAGUGGCCGAAAAUGAUGUCACAGCUGAGCCUUCUGAUGAGGACGAUGGAGUGGCUGAAAAUGAUGACACUGCUGAGCCUGAUGAUGAGGAUGCUGGAGUGACCGAAUAUGACGACACUGCUGAGCCUGCUGAAGAGGAUUCUGGAGUGACCGAAAAUGACGACACUGCUGAGCCUGCUGUUGAGGAUGCUGGAGUGGCCGAAAAUGACGACACUGAUGAACCUGCUGAUGAGGACACUGGAGUGAAUGAAAAUGACGACACUGCUGAGCCUGCUGAAGAGGAUGCUGGAGUGACUGAAAAUGAAGACAUCGCUGAACCUGCUGAUGAGGACACAAGAGUGGCUGAAAAUGAUGACACAGCUGAGCCUGCUGAUGAGGACGAUGAAGUGGCCGAAAAUGAUGACUCUGCUGAGCCUGCUGAAGAGGAUACUGGAGUGACCAAAAAUGAUGACACUGCUGAGCCUACUGAUGAGGACGAUGGAGUGGCCGAAUAACAUGACACUGCUGAGCCUGCUGAAGAGGAUGUUGGAGUGACUGAAUAUAACGACACUGCUGAGCCUGCUGAAAAGGAUGAUGGAGUGGCUGAAAAU